AUGGCUGCUUCGGCCCUCCUGAAGAGCCGUGUCCGACGGCCCUCUUAUCUCAACAAGCUUGCUAAAGCUGAGGAUCUGAUCGAUCUCUUCCCCCAUGGCUCGUAUAUCGGCUGGUCCGGCUUCACCGGUGUGGGAUAUCCCAAGAUGGUCCCGACAGCUCUGGCAGACCACGUUGAAAAGAACAACCUACAAGGCCAACUAAAAUAUAAUCUCUUUGUGGGCGCCUCCUCAGGCGCAGAGACGGAGAACCGCUGGGCUCGCCUCAACAUGAUCGAGCGGCGAAGCCCGCACCAGGUCGGAAAGGAAAUCGCAAAGGGCAUCAACAAUGGCCAGAUUAAAUUCUUCGAUAAGCAUCUGAGCAUGUUUCCCUCGGAUUUGGUCUAUGGCUAUUAUACUCUCGACAAGCCAAAGAAUAAAAUCGACGUGGCCGUCAUUGAGGCCUCCGCCAUCACAGAGAAUGGCGGGAUCAUCCCCGGUGCCUCGGUGGGUGCAUCACCGGAAUUGGUGCAAAUGGCCGACAAGGUGAUUAUCGAGGUGAACACAUCCAGCCCUUCCUUCGAGGGCCUGCACGAUAUUGUCGGCUCGGACCUACCCCCCGGACGCAAGCCGUACCUCAUCAUGGCCCCCGAGGACCGCAUCGGUACCUCCUACAUCCCCGUCGACCCGGAGAAGGUCGUCGCGGUCGUCGAAUCCAACUACCCGGACCAGACACAGCCCAAUGCACCCGAAGACGAAGGCUCGCAAGCCAUCGCAGCCAAUCUGAUCGAAUUCCUCAAACACGAAGUCCACCACGGCCGUCUCCCACCCAACCUCCUCCCCAUCCAAUCCGGCAUCGGAAACAUCGCCAACGCCGUCGUCGGCGGUCUCAGCAAGGGCGGCGCAAACUUCAGCAACCUGAAAGUCUGGACCGAAGUCCUACAAGACUCCUUCCUCGACCUAUUCGACAGCGACGGUUUCAAGCGGUUCUACGAUAACUGGGAAAAGUACGCAGGAAAGCUCCUCCUCCGCUCGCAGCAAGUCUCCAACUCCCCCGAAAUCAUUCGUCGCCUGGGCGUCAUCGGCAUGAACACCCCCGUCGAAGUCGACAUCUACGCCCACGCCAACAGCACCUGCGUAAUGGGAUCGCGCAUGCUAAAUGGUCUCGGUGGUUCGGCCGAUUUCCUGCGCAAUUCGAAGUAUAGUAUUAUGCACACUCCGUCGACCCGGCCUAGCAAGGUUGAUCCUACCGGUGUGAGCUGUAUUGUGCCGUUCGCUACGCACAUUGAUCAGACCGAGCAUGAUCUUGAUGUUAUUGUUACGGAGCAGGGUCUUGCGGAUGUUCGGGGUUUGUCGCCUCGGGAGCGUGCGAGGGUUAUUAUUAAGAAAUGCUCGCAUCCGGAUUAUUAUCCUAUUUUGACGGAUUAUCUUGACCGUGCUGAGUUUGAGUGUCUCCGGAAGGGAAUGGGUCAUGAGCCGCAUCUGCUUUUUGAGGCAUUUAAGAUGCAUAAGAAUUUGCAGGAGAAGGGUACUAUGAAGAUUGAUUCUUGGGAGUAA